AAAUAAGGGACGCGCUUGGAUUAGUCAAGCUUCAAAGAGUCAAUCUUCUGUGUGGACAGAUGCUGAUAAACAUCCAGGUUAUAAUGAAAGUGAUUCAGACUCUGAUGAACUGAUUGAUUAGAAGAUAUACAUGGAUCAUAUAUUGCUGUCUGAGACUCUGAAUUCAUUUUCAUGUGAGUUGAAUUCUAUAUAUUUCUCUUCUUAUUUUCAAUAUCGAUCAAAUUACCUGUCGAAUAUGGUAUCUUUAGUCUCGUCCUCCUCUGGUUGCCAUUAGUUUAUAAGGUUUCAGGUUGCAUUUCCAAAUUAUUUCAUGUUGGUAUAGAUUGUGUAUAUUAGUCUAUUUCUUGCAUAACCUUGUCUACAAGGGCCAAGCUUAAGAGAGUUGAUUCUGAGGGUGUCUAGGUAGCAAAAUUCUUGCAUUCGUUUUUGUGUCUUUAUGAUGUUAUUGUGACCUUUUUCAUCAGUUAAAGUAGGCAAAGAGUUUCAAGGAUUUCCUGUUUCUUGCUUAAGUAACUACCCUCAGAAGACUAGGCUUUUGUGUAUUUGUCUUCUCUGUUUUUGUAAAAAUAAAAAUCUGCUGCUGGAUCAUGUGAAGAUGAUUGAGACUAUUAAGCCCCUCCUCGCUAGAAAGCUGGGGCUGCAUGUUCCCCCCGUAUUGACUGUCGGGCAUUCACCCCCUGAGGCUUACGAUAAACAGCAAGGAAUAUGGUUGCAAAACUUAAUAUACUGCAUAUUAAAGUGAUUCAUUAUGGAGCAAUGAAUAGACACUGGCUGUGCUGGGGACUUGAAUAAUGUGUUAAGAUAAUUGGAAGGAUUAACUGGGAAUAUCUCUGGGGGCUGGUUAUGUGGUACUCUCAUUUUUUUUCCCUUCGAUAUGAUGAAUUAUUCUUAUGAAUAGCAUGUUUUGUGAUGCUUUUAAUUGAACAUAGAACAUUGUUCUGCACUGAUCUGUUCCUCUUUUCUUCUACAGACCAUUUUUGGACCAUGCACCAAAUACUAAAUUUCCAUACCGAUUGAGAGAUAAGUUUUCAUUCCUUCUCUCUUCAUUAAUUUUUCCUCAUAGUUUUUUCCCUUCUGUUGUUGAAUGGAGCGUAUUUCAAAGUUCAUAACUUGUAAUUUCUUUUCCUUUUCAAGAUACAUUAUUCUGUUCUAGAUUCCAAGAAAUUUCUUCCUCAGUUUCCUGUCUUAAUUCUCGAUAAUUUGGAGUAUCUAGAAUUGAAAUUAGAGGACAGGUUUAUGUCUGACUACAGACGCUACCAAGUAUCACAUCUUAUCCAUACAUUACUACGUUAAGAUGUUUGUAAAUGCAUAGUUUACAACACUGUUUUUUUGUUUUUUAACUAAUGACAUCACUUUCCU